CCUCGUCUGACUCGUUUUGUUGGGAGAGCACAUUUGCUGCUAUCAGAAACAAUACUUUAUUGUGUUGCAUUUAUUGUUAAUGAGUGUGUUUUGUGCACAUCUAAAUUGUUGCAUUCUGUCUGCUGCUGGAUACUUUCCGUUUCGCUUCGGUGCACACGAAAGGAUAUAUGUGAUAGCCGCUGUUAUCUAUUUCAGUGAUGGAAAAUAAUUGCACUUGCACGCUAUUUUGCGCCAACUAAUCUAGUGAUACAUCAAUCUGAGGCUUUGGAUCUUUGCGUGAACCUCUGUGGUGUUAAUGAGAUUUUACUGAUUGUGAUCUGUUCGCUAGUGCAUAUACAGAAGAAAAAGGAUAUAAACAAGGAAGAGUGACCCGGAAAAGUUUAAAUUGCUUCUAGUGAGUGGAUAAUAAAGUUAUACUCGACGGGUGUUGAACAAUCCGAAUUAAACACUGGAAAGCAAACUUGUUCAUACAAUAAUGGUGGGUGGGAGCCAUUCUCUAUGAAUGGAAUGUACAAAGCUAAAUACGAGGCGUUAAUUUUCUUCUGUGGUUUCACGUGAAUGGAAAACUUUUAGUGGAGAAUAACAUUCGAUACCGUUUUAACCAUCGACGAAUAGCUAGAGAAAUAAAAUGAAUGUCAAUUUAUUGAUUGUGUACUUGAUCUGAUUGCAAAGCUGCAGAUUAAUGUAAAAUAGUUCAUACCGAAGCUGAAGCUGUACACGACGUAACGUACAUCUAAUGACUCAUCAAGAGAGCUGUUUCGAUAGUUUCAAGGUUCACCUAGCUGUUUAAGUUGGAUACCUUGCCCAUACAGCACAUUCAUAAUUGGUUUACCAGUUUUUACCUUUAGUGUCAUCAUCGCACAUACAACCCACAGCCACCCUACAUUGUACGACUAUACCGAGAAACAGUCGGACGGUUGAACAACAAUUGAAGAUAAAAACGGAAGAAACGAGAAGCGCUCACAACGAAAACGGGAAAAUCGAGGAGGUGCUGAAUAGGCGGUGUUAAGCCGACACCGCAAACGGAACCACAAUGGACUCUUUCUUCAGAUUGCGACGCGCAUCUCAUGCGGCUGGUUCAAGUAAUCAAGAACCACUGAUCGUAGUGGAAGAAUCGGAAAAUUGUGAAAAAGAAGAGGAAAUCAGUCACACCUCUUCACCCCGGCAAAGUUUAGACAUAGACUCUCCCGAAAACCCAUAUCUGUUAUCGCCAUGGCGUGACCCCCGAGAAACACGUAAACACUCCCUGCCAACGCCGCCAUGCACCAGUGGUAUCACGGCCAGUCAAGUACGACGCCUUUCGGAACGAGGUGGAGAGGGCUCAGGGCCAUCACCACGAGAACAAGCGUUCCUUGCCACGUUGUACAGUACACCCGCUCCACAGCCUGGCGGUAGGAGGCACUCUAUCGUUACAAUCAGCAAGGUACCACCUACAUUUUUUGGCCGUAAUCGACGGGAAUCUAUUGCCGCGCUUCCUGCUGGACAGAGAUCCACAGCAAGUUCUCGACGAGAAAGUAAAACUGGUCCACCGCCGUCAACAGAUCACAGAGGUAGUAUACAUAAUUUACAAUUAGAUAUUAUGGAUGAUAUAGUACAAGCUAGAAAAGCACGUAUGAAGUUAUGGAAUACGAGCAAUGAGAAAGUAUGUGAAGUUCAAACGCUGGAUGAAGCUGGUGCUGGUUCUAGUUCACCGAUGCGUUACACGAAUAGGCGUUACUCGGAUUUUGUGGGCACGACGUUGCCACCUAUACAGUCGUUCAGACGCGCAUCCGAAAUGCCUAUUUCGCCGUCUGCCCCACUAACACCAGCAACAGCGUCAUCGAAACUAAUUACUGCGUCGCCAAAACCAACCAAGUCGGGAAUAGUCUGUACAAAUACUGACCUAAUAUCUCUUCUAUCGUCCCUAGCUUCAUCGGCAACUGAAAUAAAUAGAUGUGGCGAUAAAGACUAUCCAACCCCUCAAACUCCUCAAUCAUCAUCAUCAUUUAAAUCCAUCACUAAAAUCCCUCCAGAUGCAAGCGGUAGCAACCUAAAGAAAAAUCGUUCCAAUAGUUUUGACAUUUCCCUAUAUCACAAUAUUAAGCAAUUAGCGACUGGGUCAUCAACCAGUGCAACUGAGCAGGAGAAAUCAUCUGUUGAGCCAGGUUGGUUUGCCAAACGUCACCAACCAAUGGACAGGAAAAAACCCAUCAAAUCUCCUAAUGCUACAGUAUCAUUCGCAAAGGAAGCAAUAGAUAAAAUUCGUGAAAAAUCAGAUUCAAAAAGUGGUGAAACGAAACCCAAACCCAAAGAAUCACGAUCACCGCUGAGCAAAUUGAAGUGGGACGGUAGAAGUGCAAUCGUGGAUGCCCGUAUGAUAGGUCAUGCUAUUGAGAAUUUCAUCACGGGUUCGAGUUCAUCGAAGAAAUCUUCCAGUUCUAAGGACUCUUCUGCCAAACCUAAGAAAACGUCAUCCUCCAGCUGGUUUGGAAAGACAGAUGACGAUGAUUCGAACGAUACAUGUGAUUCAUCUCUAUGCUCAACGUUGAAGGAUCUGUUCGUGAAAUAAAUCAGCGCAUGAAGUGGAUAGCCCCCAGACUCCAAUUCAGUACCCAACGCAUUUAAAGGGGCAUCAAAGCGUUUGUAUAGGAUAAGAUAAAAUGUCGAAUUAAGCAAAACUUAACAUAGCUGCGCGCAAAAACGAACCCACCAAAGCAGAAAAGUAGCCUUGUAAGUACUAUUUCAUCAAAAUGAUCAUUUUCUACCCCUCAUGUUGGAACACCGCCUACUUCGCCAACUAAUAUCGUAGUAUGCUCUGACUUAGUCCAUGCUUGGCACGAUAACAUUCAACAGACCAGAGAUUAAACAAAAGGCACUUAAUUAACCACAAACGAAGCCCCUCGGUACGGGACUCCAAGGGGUGAAAGGAGAAAAAGUACGGACUGAGCAAGGAUAGUCGCAAAUAAUCGGUCUCGAGCUAAAUGAAACCAUAAAGCCACAUCAUGACUAUUUUUAUGAAAGCAAACAAAACCGACGCCAAACACAAAUAACACGAGGCGAUACGUGAUACACUUUGAAUUCCUGAUAGCCAAUUAUCCAUUUCAUCCGUGUGCCAGCCGAACCUCGUGUUUUCCACCAGUUCGCUGACACAUGAUUGAAAGUGGGUAUAUCUGCCGCAUCAUUCACCCAUGUUCUUUUCCACCAAGCAUAUAUACACAUGCAUGUAUCAUGCCAAGCACAUGUAACAUAGAGCACACCUCUCCAUUAGCACCAACCGCCAAGCCACUCAGCACGAGCACAUCAUUGAAAACUGUUAUCUCCUGAAACUGAAAUCUGACAUGAGUGUUAGUAUGGUUAGAAUGACGAUACAUCAUGUAUUCCACAUAUGUUAUGCUAAUAAGUGCUAAUUACUGAUUGCAAAUGAUUCAAGUCGAUUUGAAAUAUACUCAGUUGCUGCUGACCACCAAAACGUGCUUACACUCCACCACAGACACACAGACGUAAUUAUUCGAUCAUCUUUUAAUAGGACCAAUACACCCUUAAAUAUGGUUGACAACCGCUAGGGUUUUACCAUAUACCGUAGUAUAUGGUGUAUGGUAAAACCAUAGCUGUUGUAUAACCAGAUUGCAGUGUGUUUUGGCCCCAUACACCAUCGUCAAGAAAUUGUGAAAAAUGUUGCCGCCUCCAAUGACACCGCCAUGUCGCAUGUAAUGUUGUAUGCAAUAUAAAUCUAUUUUUGAAAAAUGGAUAGGGGAAGAGGAG